AGUGCUGAUUGCAUAGCUAGCGAAAUGUUUGACAAGAAGGCAAAUUCAUGUAUACCAUGUCCUCUUGGGUACUUUGGAAUCAACUGUUUAACGCCAUGUCCUCAAGGAAAUAACGGAAAUGGAUGUCAGUCUCUCUGUCCAGGAACAUGCCGAAACACAUGUAAUUUUAUAACAGGAAAAUGCUUGCAACCAGGAAAUCGACGUGGAGAAAAACUUGACCACUGUGAGCAAACACACCAAUCCUUGCAAACAAUAAUAGAAAAAACAACACGAAUGCAUGCUGGUCCUCAACCAAAGAAGAAAUAUUUCUCAAAUUCAAUAAUUGUAAUAAUAGUUGGAUCCGUGUUUGUCUUCAUGCUUACUGUUGUUUUGAUUUACAACGUUCAAAAGAUAUUACGAAAGCACUCGUUGAGAAAGAAUCAAGAUCAACGUGGAAUAUCCCUAUCCUUAACAGAAGAUGCAAUAUACCAACAGAUUAAUGAAAAUGUUCUUUAUACUUAGCAUUAUGAUUUUGAUUUUAAAAAAAGAUAAAUGAACAGCUGUAGUGAAUAUUCAUAUAUAGUUUGAUAACUUCAAUAAAUAAUAUAUAAGCUGAAAUAAGCGAAAUGAAACCAACCAAAAAUGUA